CCCAUACACAUCGCACCCUCAGAAAACUUUCUGAAACCCAAAUCUUUGGUGGAUUCUUAUUCCUAAACCAAAUUUAAUCUUGGGGUUUCUCUUGGUUCCAGUCCUUCGCAUCCCGAACCAUCGCAAAACGCUUUUGCCCGCCGAUCAACCGCCACCUCUUCCAUCUCUCCCUUCCGGCAAAAUCCAAUUCCAGGUGAAGUUUGGAUUUUUGGGUUGGGGAUAGAAGAUGGGGGCAUUCAUUUCCAGGUUUUGGUUCAUGUUGUUUCCUGCAAAAGAGUAUAAGAUAGUGGUGGUUGGGUUGGAUAAUGCUGGGAAGACCACUACCCUUUACAAAUUACACUUGGGAGAGGUUGUCACUACAAACGCUACUGUAGGCAGCAACGUUGAAGAGCUUGUCUACAAGAACAUUCGGUUCGAGGUAUGGGAUCUUGGGGGACAAGAAAGACUGAGGACUUCAUGGGCAACAUAUUACCGUGGAACUCACGCUAUCAUUGCGGUUAUAGACAGUACAGAUAGAGCCAGAAUUUCAAUAAUGAAAGAUGAACUAUUCAGGUUGCUGGCACAUGAGGAUCUUCAACAUUCUGUUGUGCUGGUUUUUGCAAAUAAGCAAGACCUCAAGGAUGCAAUGACCCCAGCAGAGAUCACUGACAUGCUUUCUCUUCACAGCAUCAAGAAUCAUGACUGGCACAUCCAAGCCUGUUGUGCCCUCACAGGAGACGGGCUGUACGAUGGUCUAGGUUGGAUUGCCCAGCACGUUACAGGGAAAGCGCCCACUUGAAGAAAGACAGAUUUUUCAUGUAAGCGGGGUUUCGAGGCCAGUUCAUGAUACAGUGUCAGUUGUGUCAUCAAAGCUAUUUGCUCUGAACAAACGUGUAGAUCAUUUCCAAUUUCAAAUGCUGGAAAAAUAUUUUACCUUCCGAAUCAUUAAGCAGUUCAUUAAACAAUACAAUAUGCGUGGAGAUUUGUAACGCUCUGCCGAUACAGUGAAACAUUUUGAUUGAAAAAUUGUUACUCUGCACAAUCUGCCUCAAAUCAAAGGCUCUCGAAAUGAAAGUACUGCCAUAAAUUGUCA